CCAAGCAAUGAUCAGCAUUGGUUUCUCUUUUCUACUGUCAUUUUUGAACACCGAAAGUGCACUCAACUCGUUUAUUGAACUCUGCAAAUGAGUACACUGUCAAGCGUAACCGUCAAGGCACACCUGGCAAACCACUUUCGACGAUUCACUCUUGAAGCGGGUGACAAAGGCUGCUACGUUUUACUAGUCAAAACUGCGAAAAAUGCAUUCAGUGUGCCCGGAAAUGCAGAUAUCCGGGUAGCGUACCUUGACGACGAAGGUGAUUGGAUUACAAUGUCGUCUGACGACGAGCUUGUUGACGCUUGCAAGCUUUUUGCGGGAGGAGAGGGAAGCAAUGUGGGUACUUUGAGAGUCAGGGUUGAACUAGUUACUUUACCUGUGGAAGCUUCGUCACACUCUGUGGACAGUGUGGAUCAGGGAGGGGAUCAAGGAAAAGAUCAAGAGACUGUGCAAACUCUAGAUCAGACCAAAGAAGAUGUCGUUGAUGAGCCUUCAACGAACCAAAGCAGUACAACGAGCGAAACCCCACAACCAGUCUACCCUCAGCCAGUUCCACAUCCCUUUUUUGAUACAUUCCACCCAGACUUUACCUCAUCUGGGAAUCGGUCUCCUGGGCGGUCAUCUCGUACAGAAAAGAGCGCUACCUAUGCAGAUACAGCCAAUAUGACAGUCUCUGAUUAUGUCAACGAAUUCCAUUUCUAUCGCCUUAUCAUCCAAACAACAAUCUCCCAGUCUCUCCGCUCCCUGUUCAACAGCCCGGAUCCCAAUAUGCCCAAUGGUCUGGAUGCGGCAGUCAACGAAUUUCAAUACCGGCGGAUAGUCAUUCAAACUGCUGUGGCAUCCGCUCUGCAUAACUUGUUUUCUGAGACAUCUGGAUCUCAAUCACAAGGCGCAUCUUCAUCCACGUCGCAAGCCAGUAACACCCCUCUCGAUUCAAUUCGCGCCACAGUCACUCCACUUCUUUCGUCGACUGCGACCGCCGCCGAAGCUUUGAUCGACCAUUUACACAGACAAUCCUGGAUUCUUGCUCAAAGAAUCCAGGAAGCCGUUCGUGAACAGCGCGAAAAUGAAGGGAUGAAGAGGAAGAGGGAUGCGGUGCGUAACGCUGCCAAAACGGUUUUGAGGAGUGUCGGGGCUUUCUUGGUUAAAGUCGGGGAAAGCAUGGUGGAGGAUCCUUUUACCGGGCUGGAAGUUCGGAGAGAGUGUGCCGCAGAUGAAGAGUCGAUUGGAACAGGACAAGAGGAAACUGCGAAUGAGAAUGUGACGGAAGGAAUGUCGGCCGAUGAGAAACCCGUUGAGGAGUCAAACGAACCUGAAUUAGCACGCAAUGAAGCAACACCUCAGCCGACUAUUCAUGAAGAAUCCGUGGAAACAGUCAUCGAAGAGCCCCGUAUCAUCGAAGACCGUAUACUAACUUCCCCAAUUCCUUUCCCACCUUCCAUCCAAUCACCAACCACCCCACCAUCGCCAUCCGAUCUCGUCCCACCCACCACACAGUCUCCAUCCGAUUCUACCGAGGUCUUGACAAUGUACCCACUCACAACGGACGAGUCGGACGAUUUUAUUCUGAUUGAUGAGCAUGAGGAAAUGGAUGAGGAGGAGGCGGAUGAACAUAUGAGGAGCUCAACUUUGGUUUAUCCUAUUUUGUAGACAAGGAGGGUAGGGUUUGGGUUUCAUGGUGAAAUCAUAUUAUGUUGCAUAAUUUUUCAAAGUUUGGAACAUUUAUCUUUGCAUUUUUCGUUUGUUCAUGUUUUUGUUUGGGUAAAGGAUAUUCUGUAUUGUAAAUGAUCAUAUUCAGUAUUUGCGUUCGUUAAAGCUCUCCUCGCG